AUGAAUCCAGAUAAAUUUACUGAUAAGACAAAUCAAACCAUUUCCGAUGCUUACAUGAUGGCAAAGGAUAGAAAACAUAUUUUCAUAUCACCUCUUCAUGUUGCUGCUGUGAUUUUUAAUCCCGAUGAUAAACAAUCUUUGGGUUUUUUAGUUUGUAAGAAGGUUUCAUCAUCACAAAAAACAAUUGAUUGUAAUAAGAUUGCAGAUGAAUUGAAGAAUGCUAUGAAUACAAAGAUUUCAGUGCAAGAUCCACCUGUGGAAGAUUUGGCACCAAAUAGAAGAUUAGUUUCAGUUUUACAAGCUGCUGAAAAGAUUAAGGAUCAAUUGGAUGAUCAUUUACUUGCAGUGGAUCAUGUAUUACUUGCCUUGAUGGAUGACAGUGAUGUUUCAAACGCAAUUCUCAAAGCUACUAAUAAUCAAUUGACUAAACAAGUGUUGAAAGAUACUCUUGCUUUGAUUAGAGGUGGUAAAAAGGUUGAUUCUAAACAAGCAGAAACUGGCUAUGAUGCUCUCAAUAGAUAUGGUGUUAACAUGGUAGAUAUGGCCAGACAAGGAAAAUACGAUCCAUUAAUUGGAAGAGACAAAGAACUUGCUCGUAUGAUUAGAGUUCUUUCAAGAAGAACCAAGAAUAACUGUUGCUUACUUGCUGAGCCUGGUGUUGGUAAAUCUGCCUUGGUAGAAGGUUUGGCAAUGAGAAUUGCAACAGGAGAUGUUCCAAAGAAUCUCCAAACUCAAUUAUAUUCACUUGACUUGGGUAGUAUGGUUGCUGGUAGUAAAUUCAGAGGUGAAUUUGAAGAAAGAUUGAAGAGUAUCCUUAAGGAAGUUGAAGAAUCUGGUGAUGUUAUUCUCUUCAUUGAUGAAAUUCACACCUUGUCAGGAGCUGGUUCUACUGGUGAUAACUCUUUGGAUGCUUCCAAUAUGAUUAAGCCACUCCUUGCAAGAGGUGUAUUGAGAUUAAUUGGUGCAACUACUCCAACUGAAUAUCGUAAAUAUAUUGAGAAAGACGCCGCCUUGGAAAGAAGAUUCCAACCAGUCUACUUGGCAGAACCUAAUGUUCAAGAAACAAUUAGUAUCUUGAGAGGUCUUAAAUCUAGAUAUGAAGCUCACCACGGUGUAAGAAUUCUUGAUAGUGCAAUCGUUGAAGCUGCUAGAUUGAGUGCCAGAUAUAUUCAAGGUCGUUACAAUCCAGAUAAGAGUAUUGAUUUGAUUGAUGAAGCAUCCGCUAACAUUAGAGUUCAAUUGAAUUCCAGACCUGAAAUUAUUGACACUUUGGAACGUAAGAAACUCCAAUUACAAGUUGAAGCAACUGCGCUCGAAAAGGAAAAGAAUUAUAGUGAUGAAAAGACCAAGCAAAGAUUGGAACAAGUCAAGAAUGAGAUUUCCAAGGUUGACGAAGAACUCAAACCAAUCAAGCUUAAAUAUGAGGCUGAAACUUCAUUGGUCAAUGAAUUGAGAGAAAAGAAUCAAAAACUUGAAAAAUUGAAAGCCAAGAUGGUUGAUGCUGAAGCUAGGUAUGACUUGGCAUUGGCCAGUGAUUUGAAAUAUGGUGCAAUUCCAGAAAUUGAAGAAUCAAUCCAAUCACUCAAGAAGAAGAUUGAACAAAAGGAAGAAGACGAUAGAAAGAAUGGUGUGAAUAGUGCAAAUAUGACCAGUGACGUUGUCACACCAGAACAAAUCAACGAAGUUAUUGCCAGAUGGACAGGUAUUCCAGUUCAAAGAUUGAAUGAAAGUGAAAAGGAUAAGGUAUUGAAAUUGGAAGAAAGAUUGAUGAAGAGAGUUGUUGGACAAGAAGAUGCCAUUAAAUCCCUCUCUGAAUCAAUCAUUAGAUCUAAGGCUGGUUUGAGCAAUCCAAACAAACCAAUUGGUUCCUUCUUAUUCUUGGGUUCCUCUGGUGUUGGUAAGACAUAUCUUGCCAAGUCAAUUGCCUAUGAAUUAUUCGAUGACGAAAAGCACAUGGUCAGAAUUGAUAUGUCUGAAUUGAUGGAACAACACAGUGUUUCUCGUUUGAUUGGUAGCCCAGCUGGUUAUGUUGGUUAUUCUGAUGAUAAUCAAUUGACUGAACCAGUCAGAAGACAACCUUACACAGUUGUAUUAUUUGAUGAAAUUGAAAAGGCCCAUCCAAGAGUUCUUAAUGUACUCCUUCAAUUAUUGGAUGAUGGUAGAUUGACUGAUGGUCAAGGUAGAACUGUCGAUUUCAAGAAUACUGUUAUCAUUAUGACUUCUAAUAUUGGUUCAAAGCACUUCCUCACUAUGAAUGAUAAUAACAAGGAAACUGUGAAGAAGCAAGUCAUGAAUGAAGUAAGACAACACUUUACUCCUGAAUUUUUGAAUAGAUUGGAUGACAUUCUCUUCUUUGAACCUCUCACAAGCAAGCACUUGGUUAAUGUUGUUAGAUUACAAAUGGAAUCUCUAACAGAAAGAUUGAAAGAAAGAGACAUCUCAAUUGAUAUUAGAGAUUCUGCUUGUGAGUUGGUUAUUUCUGAAGGAUUUGAUCCAAAUUAUGGUGCUCGUCCUCUUGCAAGAUUUAUUCAAAAGCACAUUGUUACAGAACUCAGCAAACUCAUGCUCAAAGGAGAACUCAGAGAUGGUUCACAAAUUGUCAUUCAAGGUGUUGAUGGUAAAUUCAAAUUUACUGUCUUGGAUAAUAAUGAAGGAAAGCGAGUAUCCAAAAUGUAAAUAAAAUAAACUGAACAUUAACUUAUUG